AUGGUGGUGGCGGCGUCGGUCGGGGCAGGGUCGGCGGCCGCGGGGGUCGCGGCCGUGGGGUCCGCGGGAGCGGGGGUCACGACGACGGAGACGGUCGGGGCAACGGAGACCCGGCCGAGGGCGGAGGCGGCUGGUGGAGGCGGCGGCGUCGAGGCGGCCCGGCCAUGCCCCCGGCGAUGCGGGUCGGGCGGCGGCAAGGUGGGGCUGCCGGAUCCGGCGGCCGGCGGGGGGGCCUGCGGGGCGAGGGGCUUCCUGCUCCUCGUCGUCCGUUGCGACCCCGCGCUCGUGCCCUUCUGCGACUCAAACAUGGUGGUGGCGGCGGCUAGGUUGGUUUUCGUCCGUUUUUUGGGCCGGCCUUUUCUUUCCGGGCCAAGUCCACCUCCUGCGCCUCCUUCCUCUCUCUGCAUCGCCAAGCCAACCAGCUUCCUGCCUCUCUGCAUUGACGGCGCCGACGACCGCAUCGUCGUCUGGAUUGCCAGGAUUGUUUCCGUCGUCCGUCCGCCUGGUACGUCCGCGAGCCACCCCGCACCCCUCAUCCGGUCCUCCCCCCUCCUCUCGCAUCCUCCGGUCGCGGUGUUCCAGCUGGCGUUGCAGACAGAGACGCAGUCGACGGACCGGCCGACGAUGCAUGAGGUGGUGCACGUCCUGUACUGCCUCGUGCAUCCCGACCCGCCGCCGAAGCUUAUGCAGCCGCCUCUGCUGUCGUCCUCCUCGCUGCAGCCAGCGGCCGUCCUGGAUCUGGAGGCACAGCGUCGCUGGAGCAGGAGGGCGCCGAGGUGGAUAAGCAUUGAUGAUAUAGAUGAGGCUGUUCUAGGACCUGGUAGAUUUGGGAAGAAGCAUUUUGUUCCUUUUACCUUGUGCUGAUGGGAAUGCACAUGCUGAGAAAAAAACUGUCUCUGACGGUGUUGAUUUGGAUGCACUUGCACGUCGAGAGGAGUGCAAUAAUCUCACAAUGCACACCUAGCUUUACUGGUUAUUCACUGUUUUUAAAUUGAAUGGCUGCUCUGUCUUAAUUUGCCGAAAUCUGAUAUUUUGCUUACUUGUGUAAUCUGUGGCCAGGAAAUCCUAAGACAUGAUUGAUAAUUGGUUCAAUCCACUAGAGUAAACUAAGCUUGUAUCGUUAUGUCAUUAUGGAUUGCACCGUUUUUGUCCUCUGUUAAUUAGCUGAAGUAUAAUAACUAGCAAGAAGUUUUCUUGAUC